CACCUAUCGAUAACCGAUAGCCCAACGUUGCCAGCAGAUUUUUUUUUGGGGCCAAGUGGUGGAAAAUACGUGUAAUAUUUACAAUAAGCGAUCCGAAAACAAUAUAGUACAGCCGAAAACCAAAUGGAGACGCCUACGGCCGACGAUCUGUUGCAGUUCCGCGACUACAGCGGCGGUGCCCCGGCCCAGAUCAACGUGAACUCACCGACCCACUCAUCGGGCGGCGGAUCUGGUGGAUCCGCUGGUGGCGGUGGUUCCAAUAAUGCCAACGCACAGCGUCAACGCGGCGAUCCGCUGGCGGACCUCAUCUACGACAUGACCUCCUCGGCGCAGGGCCAGUCGGGGGAUGGGGGCCAGCAGGGGCAGAACUCCUCACUGGACGGAUCCGCGGGAGGUGCAGGCGGUGGAUCUGGCGGGGCACGGCUCUCCUUCCUCACCAUCGAAUACUACCAGCAGUUCUUCAACGUGGACACCUACAUGGUCCUCGAGCGGAUCGCCAACUCGAUGAUCCCCAAGCGGGCCGCGGGCAACUAUCUGCGCAUGAACAUCGGCGAGAAUCCGGAUCUGUACGGACCAUUCUGGAUCACCGUCACCCUGAUCUUCUCCAUAGCUAUUAGUGGCAACAUAGCCAGCUACUUGCACCAUGCCAACGAUGGCUACCGCUGGCACUACAACUUCCACCUGGUCUCCUACGCGGCCACCUGCAUCUUCCUGUACGCCAACAUCUUGCCAGCCGUUCUGUGGGCCUUGUUUAAGUACAGCCUGAAGCCCGUGGAUUCGGCGGAUGCCAUCGAAACGGAUAGCGCCACCUAUACUCCGAGUCUUCUGUCGCUGAUGUGCAUCUACGGAUACAGCCUGGCCAUCUAUAUACCAGUAUCCAUUCUCUGGGUGAUUAAUAUCUCCUUGCUGCAGUGGAUCUUGGUGAUCACCGCCGCCCUGCUCUCGGGCACGGUUCUGAUUGCCGUGCUGACUCCAGCUCUGCGGAACUCGCAGUUCUCGCUGUUCCUCAUCAUCGGGAUCCUGAGCGCCCAUGUGGUGCUGGCUGCCGGAUUCAUGCUCUACUUCUUUCACAAUCCCCCAGACUCGCUGGCUCCAGUUGGAGCUGCUCCGACACCAGCUGCGCCUGCUGUUCCGGCUGCCCUGAAAGCCGUGACCCAAGCGGUCGUCAAUGCGGUGCCCGGCAAUCAGACCCACUAGAAAGCAUUCCGCAACAGCCAGUUCGUCAACGUCGCUGACAUUUGUUGUACCUUAAGUUGUCCUUAUUAUAAUAUUCGUUAAAGAGCUAUGCCUAGGGCUCAGAUGGUUAGGGUUUAAUCCAUUUUGUAAUCCCCUGCCACAUCUGAGCCCAAGCAGUCCGCGUUUCGUGCUUUGUAUUGACUUUCUAUAACAUUUGGCGACUGUAUAUUUAUAUUAAAUUAGAGGUAGAAGUACGUGUAAUACCAAAAAAGAAACAAAAAAAAGCAAAAAUCGAUAGAACUUUUCGCUGGUGUAGUAAAAAAUUUAAAAUUUUUGUCUAAGGUUGGAGAACGACAAAAGAAUAUGAUAAUCAUGCCAUCAUUAAAAUUGUAAAUAUAAUCCAAUGUACUUAAAAUGA